GUUCUUCCUGAUUUCAAAUCUUGAACCUUCUUCCCCACUCCCCAUAUUAGUCUCAGCCCCGCCCUCCCUCGGCUGCUUAAAGUUAAAAAAACUGCUCCUCCCCCUGGAAAAAACUACCCCCUCUCUGUAGACUUAGAACAUCCUCUGUAUCACUCUUCUAGAAUUGAUUCUUUGCUAGUUACUCUAUAAUGGAAUUGCUGUAAUUAUUCAGAAUUAAAUCAUACACUACAUUUAGGAAAAGUCGGUGAGAUCUGGGAUUGGAAACAUGGAAAAAGCAAAAAAAAAAAAAAAAAAAAAAAAAAAUGGUGUAGAAUGACCAGAACAGUGAUAAUUCAAGGGCAGAUGGAAGAAAACUAUGAGUCUUGUGUACUUUUAACAACCUUGAUCAUUCCUUGAGGGAAUAAUUGCUAUAAUUGCUUUUGUGUUUGCUACCCCUUGCCUGCCUCUUUGCUGUCUUUUCUGCAAAUGUCUCCCUUUUCUGGGCACCCAAACUCUUGUAUAUAUAUAUACCCUUCUCUCCUGGAAUGAAUUAAGCUUCAGGGUUCUUCAUUUUGACUAAUCCUCGUUUUGAGCUCUUAAGACUGUGUGCAUAUGCUAACAAACCUUUGGAGAACUUGCUAAAUUAAGGUAUUUAAACAGCACUCAUUUAAAACCAAUUGUUUUGUAAUUUGUUUUCUUAAAGAGAUCGCAGAUUUAUAUAUAUUCAAGCUCUACAAAACUCAGCUGCACCCCGACCCCCUUUAUUUGCUGACACAAAUUCUGUUGUCCUUUGAAUAAUAGAAGAAAACACGGGUCCUGACCCCUAGCCCCGCCUUGCUCUUAUCCCCAGGCACCCUUCCCUCAACGCAGUCUCCGCUCCGCAUGAACAGGUGUGGGAGGGGGCUGGGGAUCAGGCCUGGGAAGCUGGGCGCCCCUGGUAACUCUUCUCUGAUCCCCGUCUUUCCUGCUGCCAGUGAAUCGAACGCCACACUCAGAACGGCGUGCAGUAUACAUCGGGGCGCUGUUUCCCAUGAGCGGGGGCUGGCCGGGGGGCCAGGCCUGCCAGCCCGCGGUGGAGAUGGCGCUGGAGGACGUUAACAGCCGCAGAGACAUCCUGCCAGACUACGAGCUCAAGCUUAUCCACCACGACAGCAAGUGCGACCCAGGGCAAGCCACCAAGUACUUGUAUGAACUACUCUACAAUGACCCCAUCAAGAUCAUCCUCAUGCCUGGCUGCAGUUCUGUCUCCACACUUGUAGCUGAGGCUGCCCGGAUGUGGAACCUUAUUGUGCUCUCAUAUGGCUCCAGCUCACCUGCCUUGUCAAACCGACAGCGGUUUCCAACGUUCUUCCGGACACAUCCAUCCGCCACACUCCACAAUCCCACCCGGGUGAAACUCUUCGAAAAGUGGGGCUGGAAGAAGAUUGCCACCAUCCAGCAGACCACCGAGGUCUUCACCUCAACACUGGAUGACCUGGAGGAACGAGUGAAAGAGGCCGGGAUUGAGAUCACUUUCCGACAGAGUUUCUUCUCAGAUCCAGCUGUGCCUGUUAAAAACCUGAAGCGUCAAGAUGCUCGAAUCAUCGUGGGACUUUUCUAUGAGACUGAAGCCCGGAAAGUUUUUUGUGAGGUCUAUAAGGAACGGCUCUUUGGGAAGAAGUAUGUCUGGUUCCUCAUCGGGUGGUAUGCUGACAACUGGUUCAAGACCUACGACCCAUCAAUCAAUUGUACGGUGGAAGAGAUGACUGAGGCUGUUGAGGGUCACAUCACCACGGAGAUUGUCAUGCUGAAUCCUGCCAACACCCGAAGCAUUUCCAACAUGACAUCACAGGAAUUUGUGGAGAAACUAACCAAGCGGCUGAAAAGACACCCUGAGGAGACUGGAGGCUUCCAGGAGGCACCACUGGCCUAUGAUGCUAUCUGGGCUUUGGCUUUGGCCCUGAACAAGACCUCAGGAGGAGGGGGCCGUUCGGGUGUGCGCCUGGAGGACUUUAACUAUAACAACCAGACCAUUACAGACCAAAUCUACCGGGCCAUGAACUCCUCCUCCUUUGAGGGUGUUUCUGGCCAUGUGGUCUUUGAUGCCAGCGGCUCCCGGAUGGCAUGGACACUUAUCGAGCAGCUACAGGGCGGCAGCUACAAGAAGAUCGGCUACUAUGACAGCACCAAGGAUGAUCUUUCCUGGUCCAAAACAGAUAAAUGGAUCGGAGGGUCUCCCCCAGCUGACCAGACCUUGGUCAUCAAGACAUUCCGUUUCCUGUCACAGAAACUCUUUAUCUCCGUCUCAGUUCUCUCCAGCCUGGGCAUUGUUCUUGCUGUUGUCUGUCUGUCCUUUAACAUCUACAACUCCCAUGUUCGUUAUAUCCAGAACUCCCAGCCCAACCUGAACAAUCUGACUGCUGUGGGCUGCUCACUGGCACUAGCUGCUGUCUUCCCUCUUGGGCUGGAUGGUUACCACAUAGGGAGAAGCCAGUUCCCAUUUGUCUGUCAGGCCCGCCUUUGGCUUUUGGGCUUAGGCUUUAGUCUGGGCUAUGGCUCUAUGUUCACCAAGAUCUGGUGGGUCCACACGGUCUUCACAAAGAAGGAGGAGAAGAAGGAAUGGAGGAAGACCCUAGAGCCCUGGAAACUGUAUGCCACUGUAGGCCUGCUGGUGGGCAUGGAUGUUCUGACCCUUGCUAUCUGGCAGAUUGUGGACCCCUUGCACCGAACCAUUGAGACUUUUGCCAAGGAAGAACCAAAGGAAGACAUUGAUGUCUCCAUUCUGCCCCAGCUGGAGCACUGCAGCUCCAAGAAGAUGAAUACAUGGCUUGGCAUUUUCUAUGGUUACAAGGGGCUGCUGCUGCUGCUGGGAAUCUUUCUUGCUUAUGAGACCAAAAGUGUGUCCACUGAAAAGAUCAAUGACCACCGGGCUGUGGGCAUGGCUAUCUACAAUGUUGCGGUCCUGUGUCUCAUCACCGCUCCUGUGACCAUGAUCCUUUCCAGCCAGCAGGAUGCAGCCUUUGCCUUUGCCUCUCUGGCCAUUGUGUUCUCUUCCUACAUUACUCUGGUUGUGCUCUUUGUGCCCAAGAUGCGCAGGUUGAUCACCCGAGGGGAAUGGCAGUCUGAGGCGCAGGACACCAUGAAAACAGGAUCAUCUACCAACAACAACGAGGAAGAGAAGUCCCGACUGUUGGAGAAAGAAAACCGUGAAUUGGAAAAGAUCAUUGCCGAGAAAGAGGAGCGUGUCUCUGAACUGCGCCAUCAGCUCCAGUCUCGGCAGCAGCUCCGCUCGCGGCGCCACCCCCCAACGCCCCCAGACCCUUCUGGGGGCCUUCCCAGGGGACCCUCAGAGCCCCCUGACCGUCUUAGCUGUGAUGGGAGUCGAGUACAUUUGCUUUACAAGUGAGGGGGUAUCGAGAAGGAUAAGGCGUAGGGGAGGGAAGGGUGUGGGAAGUGGGUGGGGGACUGGGAGGAGGGUAAGGACUGCUAUCUCCAACUGGAGAACACGUUCCAAUCCCCGUUAUAAAUACAUGUCACUCUGUGUGUCUGGGGUUAUUUGGGUCUUCAGUAUUCUGGGAAACAGACUGUUUCCUCUCUUUCCAUAUGAUUUUAUAUCACUACUUCUCAGUUUCGUUUGAACCCCGCUUGGAGCUAUUCACUCUUGACUCCAGAGGGGCAUUUUUUUUCUCCCAUAGCCUGUCUUGUAUAGUUACCACAGCAACUCCUGCGGUUUCAACAGCAGGGGUCUUCCUACAUUAUAGCAGGGCUCUCUCUCCCUCCAUUUCUCAGCAUCAGAACCUCCUUCCAUCAUCAUCCUACAUAUCCCCAUGUCUUCCUCUCUAUAAAUGUUGCUUCUUCCAGGGGACUCAUUACGCGCGCGCGCGCACGCACACACACACACACACACACACACACACACACACACCACACAUCCUCUCCUCUCCUAGGCAGCUGGAUGUGGUUCUGUGCAAGUGUGUUCUUUUCUGAAUGCUGCUAUCACUUGUGCUGUCUGCAUGCACUGCACCUGUGAGUGCACAGUGGUUGCGGGUGUGUGCUGUGGUGUCGCGUGGGUAGGUGUGUAUGAUGCGUUGAGUUCACUCUGCUGUCUUCCUCGUGUGCACACGUCAUGUCUGUCUAUGUUUUACUUGUGUGCCUCCGUGCAUUGUGUAUUUUUUCUUUGCAUUUUAAUAUGUGGUGUGUGUGUGUGUGUGUGUGUGUUACCCUGACUGGCGUCAUGGCAGGCUUCCUGUCUCAGCCUUCUGAGUAUUGGGAUUAUAAUUGUCUGCCUAGUUGAUGUCCUGUCUUCUUCCAGCAGAGCCAUGUGCACCCAACAUGCACACAGCUAAGCAGGCUCUCCCCCAGUACAUGUUUUCUGAGCCAUCCAUGUCUCUCCUUGACCUUAGGUUUACCCUCAAGUGUUCCCUCUAUUCUCUUGUGCCUCACCUUGGGUCUGUACAAUCAUCUCUCAGAACUACCGCAUCUUGGUUUUUCUUUUCUUUAUUAUCAUUAUUAUUAAUUUUUCAGACUAAGGAGAAAAGAAAUGGGGGCAGGUUGGAGGCUGUUUCCAGUGGCGAGUGGGUGCACGUCCUGACCAAAUGAAGGCAUGGACAGAAGGACUGAUGGGGCGGGAGGCAGCGUCCCUUUCACAUUGUGGUGUCUCUUGGGGGAAGGAUCUCCCUGAAUCUCAAUAAAGCAGUGACUAGUGUGACUCAGCACCUCA